AUGAACGACGAAAACCAGAUGACAAGACCUAUACCGGUGAUACUGUUCAAAACUCCCUCUCCAUCCUCUUCGCUUGACCCAUACUCACAGUCACUCUCAUCAAAAUCGUAUCAACCCACUUUCAUACCUGUCCUAGAAGAGACAUACGAUACGAGCUCCCUCGUACCAUCACUAGAAGGAGGAUCUGAACAUUGGGAAGGGGUGAUUAUAACCUCCCGUAGAGGGGCUGAAGGAUGGGUGAGAGCAGUCACCCAAUCUCGUAUUGGUACUGUAGCAAGUCCGAAGGGUAAAGGAAAAGGCAGGUGGGACGAGGUUCCCUUAUUCACAGUUGGAAAUGCAUCGUCAGAUCGUCUUUCGGAAUCCUCCAUGCCACCAGAAUAUAUACCGCAUGCUGUUGGAUACGAAGGAGACGUACCACCUAAAUCGGCUGUUCAUCUAAUUCCUCAUAUAAUAGAUCGUCUACCAAGAUUAGAAGGAACUUAUAAAAAGUAUUUGUUUGUAAGAGGAGAUAAGUCAACGGAGGUACUUCAAGAUGAAUUGAGGAAUAGCGGAAGGAUAGUAGAGGAAUUUAUGGUUUAUAGAACAACGCCUAGAUUGGAUAUUGGAGAGAACAUCAAUAAAUUUAGAGAAAGCCGACGACCACGACCCCAGCCGAAAUCAGAUGAGGAUGGAGAUGGGAAGGGGAAUGGACAAGAAGGGAAAGGAUGGUUAUGCUUCUUCUCACCUUCAGGCGCAGAGGUCGUCUUGCCUCACUUGAAGAAUCCGAAAGACGACGAACAUGGAUUUGAGGAUGGGUAUUGGAAAGGAUGGAAGAUAUUUGUUAUUGGAGAAACUACGAAAAAGUACUUCGAAGAAAGGGGUAUCAAGGUUGAUGCGGUUGCUGAAAGACCUAAUCCCCAAGGACUGAUGGAUGCUGUACGAGGUUAUGACAGCAUAUGA